CGGUCAGCUGACUGAAAUGUUGAUAAAGCAAGUCGGCCGCCGGUGAAAGGAGCAUUUUGUCCUGAUCCUUUAGGCGGUGGCAUGGUGUAAUCGUGUUCUGGUUACUUCAACGAGGACCAGAGGAGCUGAACACCCCCGGGGACGGAUCGCUGCCGUCGGUAUGGACAUCCAGGAUGAAAGACGGAGGCUGCUGGAGGUGGAGAGUGGAGAUCAGAACCCGACUGGACUCAUGUCCGAGCAGGAUGCUUAUCUCAGUAAAGUGAAGAAUGGGAAGUUGUACCUGGCGACGUUGUGCUCCGUUCUGGGUCCCAUGAGCUUCGGGUUUGUUCUGGGAUACAGCUCCCCCGCCAUCCCCGAACUCACGAAGAUCUCCAACCCUCAUCUGAGGCUGAACGAUGACCAGGCCUCCUGGUUUGGGUCCAUAGUGACAGUGGGAGCAGCAGUGGGGGGGCUGCUGGGAGGCUGGAUGGUGGAAAAGAUCGGCAGGAAGCUCAGUCUGAUGCUUUGUGCGCUGCCCUUCGUCUUUGGCUUCACCAUCAUCAUCGCUGCUCAGAACAUAUGGAUGUUUUACGUGGGCAGAGUGCUGACCGGCCUCGCCAGCGGAGUCACGUCACUGGUGGUCCCGCUUUACAUUUCUGAGACGGCACACGAGAAGGUCCGCGGGAUGCUAGGCUCCUGCGUUCAGCUCAUGGUGGUGACCGGCAUCAUGGGAGUUUACCUUGCAGGUCUCUUCAUGGACUGGCGCUGGCUGGCGAUCUGCUGCUCCAUCCCUCCGACGCUGCUCAUGGUCUCCAUGUGCUUCAUGCCCGAAACGCCCCGGUACCUGUUGUCAAAGGGGAAAAGGCGGGAGGCCGAGAACGUGCUGCAAUACCUGCGGGGGCCGGACGCUCCCGUGGAGUGGGAGUGCGCUCGCAUCGAGGAAGGCUCGAGCUUCCACCUGUCAGACCUGAAGGACCCCGGCAUCUACAAGCCUCUCGUGAUCGGCGUCAUGCUGAUGGUCUUUCAGCAGAUGACCGGGAUCAACGCCAUCAUGUUCUACGCUGAAAACAUCUUCCGACAGGCGCACUUUGAGAACAGUGGCCUGGCUUCAGUGAUCGUCGCUCUCAUCCAGGUGGUUUUCACCGCCAUCGCCGCUCUGAUCAUGGACAAGGCCGGCAGGAAAAUCCUUCUCGUCAUCUCAGGUGUUGCCAUGAUGAUUAGCACCACAACGUUUGGGGUAUACUUCUACUUGAUACCCAAGCCUCCCAGCACCCCGUCACCACUGGACCUCCUGACUGCAGCCGGUGUAGAACCACACUCAGACCUGACCUGGCUGGCCCUGGCCAGCAUGGCCAUUUUCAUCUCAGGUUUUGCCAUUGGUUGGGGUCCGAUCCCGUGGCUCAUCAUGUCGGAGGUUAUCCCCAUCCGAGUGAGGGGGUUCGCCGGCGCAGCUGUGGUCAUCAGCAACUGGGGCAUGGCGUUCAUCAUCACCAAAACUUUCCAGAACAUGAUGGAUAGUCUAACCAGCGCGGGAACCUUCUGGCUCUUCUCCUGCAUGUGCGCCCUCAACAUCGUCUUCACAAUAUUCUUCAUCCCAGAAACCAAAGGCAAGACUCUGGAGCAGAUCGAGGCCAUUUUCAAAGGCACGUCGGGUCCAUGAAGUCUCCACAUGUUGGACAAACUCAAAGACCUCAUUUAUAUAUAUAUUUGUAAAACUGACUGUUCCUGUGGGGACGCUCUGCGGGCAUUGUAAAAACCUACUGAAAUCACAUGAAGCUGAUUAAAAACUUUCAUAAAGGUCAUUUUGUUCAAACCUGUUCAUUUAAACAAGCUGUGCCAUUGAGCUGCGCUGCUGAACUCCGUGACUCUUUGGUGCCCCCUGUAGGUCGCUUCAUGUGUUGCAGCACAAGGUUCUGAGCGGGUUGAACAUUUUAUUCAGAUGCGGAGUUUGACAGUUUGAAUUUAAGAACCAACUUUAGAGUAAAGUAGUUUUUAUUCUAGUUUUUAAUGUAUUUCUACCCAGAGGUCUCUGCUCUUUCAUGGAAGCCUCAACUGAG